UCCAUGCAUCAACGUGUUCGUUCUUGAGCCAAACUCUCUCUCCCGCUUUCCGGAACGCUUCCCCAGUAAGAAAUAAAUGCUCCAAAAAGAGAGAAAAGUCAGAUAAAACUCCAGAGUUUUUCGAAUGCUGUUACUAUCGCAUCGCAUUGUUCCCAAACACUGGAGCAGAGCUUGCUGAAAAUGUCUGCGGAAAGGCAUGGAGACGGCAGCAGAGGCGACGUAGCUUCUUCGGUCCAAGCGGGAAUGGAGCCAACUGGUUCGUCUUCUUCUUCUUCUUGGAGGACCAGGCAAGAUGGCAACGAUCUCACCUCUCCUUCUUGUGCCCUCAAGAAGAACGAGAAAGAGGAGAACGACGAGGACUUGUUCAUGGUUCCGGACAUGGAGGCUCGACCAGCUGUGAAUUCUACGGGGAACAGCAACGCGCAUGUCAGUGAGCAGCAGGAAGCCGACCAUGCUCAGACGGCGAUUCCGGGGAAGCGACGAAGGGGACGGAAUCCUGUUGACAAGGAGUAUAAGAGGCUCAAGAGGUUACUGAGGAACAGAGUCUCUGCUCAGCAAGCACGCGAGAGGAAGAAGGUGUAUGUCAAUGAGCUGGAAUCGAGAGCCGGCGAGUUGGUAGACAAAAACUCGAAGCUGGAGGAGAAGAUCUCGACUUUGAUCAACGAAAACACCAUGCUCAGGAAGGUCCUCAUGAACACCCGGCCUAAGGUCGACGAUGGUGCAGAGUCGUCGCAGUAGUGUUCUCAUCUGGGUUAUAUUAGAAGCUCAAGAUUAACUGUUUCCAACCCAUCACGUUGUAGCCGGAACCGCAAGAACAGAUCAGCAGUUAUUACAGCUCUAGCCUAGACAUAGAAGUGAAGCUUGAAUUGACCUCAUGAUAGAUCUUCCAAACUGCGAAACGAACAUUACGACGGGGCAAGCAGACGCCCAUGCUGUUUUAAUCUAGUUACGAGCCGUUUGUAUGAUCAUGUCGGUUGCGGUUGCGUGUGAA